AUGUCUGGACGCAGCGCAUAUGUGAGAAAAAAGAUUACGGAGCCGAAGUCCGGCGUCAAGUCUUCCGGCAACCCGCGGGUUCAUGAGCAUGAUGACCUCUCCUCCAUCAGCGAUGCCGGACCUCCAGGCACCGGCUACGGCACGACAACUGCACGGUUUCUACGGUUCUCGGAGUCGAUACGAGAAGAUGAGAUAGCACGAUACCGCACGCAAGCUACCACCCUCAGCGAUCAGAGUAGCGAAGGACACAGUGCUGGGAGUGAGGCAGGAAGGCGAGAAGGUGGUGGCAAUCCGCAGCACAGAGGGCCAAUGCCCGAUUUUGCGUACGCUAGAGCGAGGAAGCCUGUGCUGCGGACCGAGGAUGUAUCGGGCAUCGAGCGAUCCGGCUUCCGGAGCGCCGUGGACAAGAAGAGCGACGAAUUCCGCAAAGGUCUGACCAAGGCCUUCACUUUCGGGGCCAAGAAGAAGAAAGCUGCCGACACGCCUUUCCGACCCGGAUCCUCCACCACGUCUAGAAACCAGAACGAUGGCGAUUUCUUCGACACAAGCGAGGCACCCGUCAUACCUUUGCAGAGCCCACAACACCGGGUGUGGGAUCCCGAAUACCAGCAGAUGAUCUCGCCACCGCCGGCUAUGAAGCUACCGCCGAUCCCCCCGCCGUCGUCGGCGCCGCCCUUCAAGCGUUGGGUCGGCGCCGGGAAGCCCGCUCAGCGAUGGAACAAGCUCCGAAAGGACCCGGAGCUAUGGGACCUCAAUGGUGACGUUUUGGUCUUCUUUGGGCGCAAGGGACAGCUUCCGCGGCCGAAUCCGUCACUCCGUGUGUCGUCUCGAAUCAUAGAAGCGACCGAGUCGCGCUUCCUCAUCACCCUCCUUCGUGAAGGGGCUACGGACGACGAAUACGCGCCGCAAGUGCCCGUGCCCCUCUCACCCAUAGGUGCGCCGCCGACGCUGCUACGGCCGCAUGGCUCGUAUUCGCAGGCUGGAUACCGAAAUGGCCAGCCGACCCCCCCAAUCUCGGAAGACGCUAGCUUGACAGACACAGAUGGCCAGAUUUCAUACGAGAUGUACUUCCCGACGCCGCCGAACUUGAGCAAGCUCGAGGCACACCGACACGCGAUCACGACGCGCAACGUCUUUGCACUUCUCUACCAUGCUUCUCUAGUCGGUCUAUCACUCUUUCAGGCGCUGUCAGACCUUCUCGCACGCCUUACGGCGUACAUGCCUCCAGAGACCGACAACGUCGGCAACAUAAUAAAGUAUCUGACGGUCCGCGGCAUCGACGACGCCCGGAACGACCCGGAAAUUGCGGUAUCUCUACUGGCAUGGUCGGAGUCCUCGGAAGUGCGGUGGGAGGGAGGAUGGUGUGAGGCGUUCGCGCACUGCGGCGGGAUGUAUUCGCGACUGGAGAUCUGCGCAGACUUCAAGAACGUGACCCCGAUCACACGGGCCCUGCUCGAACGCACUUGCCUCGAGGUACAGCUUCGCGUGCAGGCCGCGGAAGGGCGACUUGCGGAAUUCUCUUUCGAAGACAUCUGGCCGACGACGGGUCCGGCUGCACACGGGGCCGCUCGGAACGCAGCUGACCGCCUGCAGCAGUUCCUCGUCGGCCAUUUUGCCAAGAAGUAUGGCGACUGGCCACCUCCUGAUUCGGGGGCGAGGACAGCAGACGGCGAAGAGAUGUGGCUGACGAGGACGAUGGCAAGGCAGAUGGAGAAGGAUUUCGGCUCUCUGUACGACUACCUCGUCAAUCGAGAUAUCGUGUGGGACGAGUCCGAGACCCGGAGCAGCCGAAAAUGGAUGAUGGUAUCCGAGAAUGGCGACAAGUCCUUCGACCCAGAUACCCCUGACCUUCCCCUUACAGACAUGCUCAUCGAGUUCGACAACCGGAUGAGAUUCCCCCACAUCCCCCACCCCUAUCCUCUCGUCCCCGAGUCGAUACCGCCAAUCAUGUCGCCUCCGUCUAGUUCGGCGCGCGAGCGGUCCAAAAAGGACAAGAGUAAUGUAAAUAACACGAAGCAGGGAGGCGACGACCGCAUUGUUGAGCGUAGAGCCCAGCUAGCCUACACCGAAGCGACAAACAUAUACAUUCUAGGAUCCGACUUCUUGCAGACGGACCUGAUCGAAGGCUUCGUGAAAUUUGAGAAGGCAGACCACAUCGGCACCGUCGACCCGUUCGUGGCUCGUCGCGGCCGGUGGGUGCUCAUUUACGGUAUCCUGCAGACGAUCGCGAGCGUGGCGGUCGACUCGCCCGACAUCCACUACCGGGAGAAUGUGUCUUACCACCUAUCGCCACGCUUCAAAGGCGCGAAGGCGCCUCCGUGGAAGGGGGCCUCCAGGCCCGCUGCCGAGGCCGGCCAUGAGCUUUCACAUUGCUGGGCUGCGCCACGCACUUGGCACAGCGGUAGCGAUGGCGCCGACUCGGACACGUCGGCUAACUCGGUCGUCGGCGGUUCCGACCCCGUGUUGCGCAUGAUGAUGCGCGCGAAGGCUCGCCAAUUCCCGCGACCGCCCCAGACGGUCGCGAGCCGGUCAAGCAGUGGCGGGUGGGGGAGCACGUCGCGAAGCGGCCGUCCCAGCACCUCGGCUGGUACACCCGGGCCCGCCACGCCGACGAUGGCCACGACAUGGGGGGGUUCCUCCACUAUGAGCGUCGGGGCGGCCUCGGACAACACCAACUAUAGCUCGUGGCCCAUGUCGGCGACGGAGGUAGCAGCGGGUCACCAGGCCUCGCAGGGACGGGGAAGCGGGAGUAGUGGCAAUAACAAGGCUGAACGCGCAGGACGUGCCACCGCCACUCUCGGUUCUGCCGCGAGCCCGCGACGGAUCGAGGACCCUAAGUGGCUGCCGCCGCCGCUAAGCAUACAUCGGAUGAACCCGCCCGCGCCACUGGACCUCCAUCUGGAGACCACACGGACGGGCGAGUUCCUCGACGUCACCUUCAGUCCCAACAGCCCGAGCGGAAGUGGUGGCGGCAUCGGUCCUGCCCUGAGUCCCGGUAGCUCAGACGGUCCGGGCCCCGUCAUUCGAGACUUCGACGAGCUCGAGUGCGUGGACGAGGAAUACAGUUAG